AUGGUCAUGCUCGCACUCACCUACCCAGGCUACCAGCCGCCGUACCAGCCGCUGUCUGUCCAACGUCCUGGCUACUAUUUCGACAACUUCUACAACGAUGCAUACCUCCAGGAGCCCUACUACCCCGAGCCCUUCUACCGCCCGAACUUGUACAGCAGUUACAAUGCCUUCAACAACUACCGAGACACCAUGUACAACCCUUACAACACCAAGCCUUACAACGUGAGCGUCAGUCUCGGUUACGUCCACCCCAACCACCUGCCUCAACUCCAGGUGUACAUCGACCAGUGGCUCUCUGCGCAUGGAGUGUCGGUACUCUCUUCCCAGCCCUUCACCGACUUUGCUGGAUCCACCGAACUCAACUUCCAUGUUAACGGCUGGAACCAGUCGCUCCGCCUCGACCUGGCAAACCAUGUCAACUACCUGCGCAACUGUCGUGGUCUAUAG